CGUCCGAAAGCGCGCGCGCGCGCCUGAGAAAGAAAUUCGGAUCGAGAGCGCGUGCCUGGCCCGGCGGCGAUUGCGUUCCCGAGAAAAGACCGAUCUUCAGGAUCGCCAUGGCGGAGGCUUUUGCCGGCGUCUGGAAGCUGGUCGAGAGCGUCAAUUUCGACGAGUAUAUGAAAGCUCUCGAGGUGAACUUUGCCACAAGACAGAUUGCCAAUUUGACCAAACCCACCACCAUUAUUGAGGUGAAUGGCAUCAACGUGACCAUCAAAACCCAGAGCACUUUCAAGAACACAGAGAUCUCCUGUGUACUGGGAGAAGAAUUUGAUGAGACAACAGCAGAUAGCAGGCAUGUCAAGUCCAUUAUAACACUAGAUGGAGGGAAACUGGUUCAUGUGCAAAAAUGGGAUGGAAAGGAGACCUCACUUGUUCGAGAAAUAAAAGAUGGAAAACUAAUUUUGACUCUGACAAUGGGUGAUGUGGUCUGCACUCGCACCUACCAUAAAGAGAACUAGAGUUUCUACCUCCUUCCUACUACCAAUUUUUCACUGCCAAAUGCCGGUGGGUUUUUUUUUUCUUCCUGCGUUUUGUACACUUACUGACGUUUUGGAGACCAUUCAGUAUCCAACUUGAGCUCUCUUCACAAGUGCCAGUCACCUUGCCCUUUAUGGAGUUUUGUGUGUGCGCGCACAUUUUUAAUACUGAAGAGAUCUUUAAAAAAAAGUAGAGAAUAAUAAAGUGAAGCAGUUACAUAAAAA